AUGGCGAGCUACCAUGCAGCCUGCGGCGAACGAACCUGGUUCUGGCAGCUGGGUCUCGGCAACGCCUUCACAUCUGCAGUUUGGGAGCUUCUGCAGCUGCGAAGUAGACCUGCAGCGCAUUACCAGGAUGUCCAGGAGUUCGUUGUGCGUGAGUUUGAGCACCACCUGGACAAGAUGCUUCUAACAAAGGGCGUGUGGGAUGCCACUGCUUUGACCUUCAGCGAUGAAACGAUUCGAGCGAAGGUUUACAAGGCUGUCUACAACACACACCAGACAGCUUUGGAUGAGCUUAUGGACGACACGCGACCCAUAGAUGAUGCCCGGAAGGUGGAGAAAUUCACCAAGCGAUGGUUGGAAGCAAGCAUGCAGCGUGCAUGGAGCGCAAUAGAAAACGUGGAGACCAUUCUCACGCCUGGGCAGGUCACGCGGCUCUUUCAGAACUUGAUGGCGCCGUUUGGAGAGGGGCACGAGUACACCUGUAUACCGAUCGCACUCAUUGAGACCAUCGGUAGACCGCCUCGCAACUGGAAAUUCUUGAAGAUGGCCGUGCAAGACAUGUUUCGCACAUGGAAAGAGGGUGCUUCAGCCACCCAACCGGCAAAGAAGCGAAGAAAAGCGCCUGCCGAGCCCAUUGCAGAUGCCCUUCCUAUGGAGGAGGAGGCCAGUUGUUCGGCCAAGCCGAUUUGCAGAUACGCAAGAUGCCAUGAAGAGAGCCAGCAUGGCUUUAGAGCUUCUGGCUUGUGA